GACCGAAUGAUUUCAUACCUCGUGUCAAUUGCUGUGUACAUCGUGAACUUUCCGCCUGCUUCCACUGCCCCUGCCCAAAUUCUGCUCGACCUUUGGGUUGCUUCACCGCUUUUGGGCUGCCUCGCCUUGCCUUGAAUCCAUACACUCCUGCAUACCCAUUCGUGGUAUUGCUUCCAUUUUAUCUUGCCAUUGGCAGCUUGAUUUCUGCGAGGGCGGCUUCUACGACUCUCUGACCGCUGCAUCUGUGUAUUACAAUUGCUAUGUUCAGGUCUCAGGUACUUCGGCACAUUGCCCGCGCGGCUACGGUACAGGCUCCUCGAGCAGCCAUCCGACCCGUACAGCCAGCCAUUUCUUCAAUUCGGCACUUUACCUCCUCUCCCAGUCGUUUGGAUAAAGAUUCCCAGAACGAAGACUCAGUCAAUGCAGCGACGACGUCAGGCGAGCCUGGCGAGAGUGGCGACCACGAGGGUCAGUAUGCGCGAACUCGAGACGACAUUGUCGUAGAGUACCCAGAAGAGAAGGACCUACCGCCUUCAAAUCCUGUCGUAGGCCGUGGAGGCGAGCACUCGAAGCGCACGCUGGCCUCCUUUUCCAUGGAGGGCAAGGUAGCCGUCGUGACUGGUGGAGCUCGAGGUCUGGGUCUGGUCAUGGCCCAGGCACUGGUUACAUCUGGUGCCGACGUUGCCAUUGUUGACAUGAACAAAGAAGAAGGAGAGCGAUCCGCACAGGGGCUCAUUGAUGUCUACAAGAAGGAGAACCCUGGAUCGAGAAGGACACCAAAGGUCACAGCUCACUUUUGUGAUGUCUCGAGUCCAACCUCCGUCAACCAGUCUUUUGCCGAGAUUUUGAAACGACAUGGAAAGGUCGACAACCUCGUCACAUCUGCUGGCUUCACCGAGAACUACGAUGCCAUAUCCUACCCCCACGACCGCAUGCAGAAGCUAUGGGGCGUCAACGUCGACGGCACAUACCUAUACGCCGUGGCAGUGGCAAAGCAUCUCAUGGAGAGGAAGGCGCCGGGAAGCAUCGUCAUGAUUGGCAGCAUGUCUGGCUCCAUUGUCAAUGUCCCGCAGCCACAAGCCCCGUACAAUGCUGCAAAGGCAGCGGUGCGACACUUGGCAGCUAGUUUGGCCGUUGAGUGGGCGGGUGCAGGAAUCCGCGUGAACUGCAUCUCCCCUGGAUACAUGCUUACUGCAUUGACCAAGAAGAUUCUCGACGACAACCCAGAACUCCAGAAGCAGUGGACAUCGCUGAUUCCUGUCGGUAAGAUGGGACGUCCCGAGGACCUGAUGGGUGCUGUCACUUUCUUGUCCAGCGACGCUAGCUUAUAUGUUACGGGUGCGGAUCUCCGGGUUGACGGAGCUUACACCUGCACGUAAGCGCAUGUGAUGAAGACUAGUAGACUGCAUAUACCUUGCCGCGUUCAUUUUGACGUUGAAAUGCGUCGUAUGCGCCCAGCUACGUCAAGGUGGUUACAGAUAGACGACAAUGAUGAACCUCUUCACCUCUUUGCUCCCCA